AUGGCGAAGCACGGAGUCAAGUUAAUCACCCUCAGGGACUGCUUUGAGUUUCUGCAUUGGCUGCAUAAAAAUAGUGGUGUGCGAGACCAAGUGGCCAGAGAACUGAUGACGCGUUAUGAAAAUUCUUAUAACCAUAUUUCGUUUACGGGCCAACUGCCACGUGCUGUCUCCGAAUUCCUCGGGUACGUGUCCACGUUUUAUAAGAAAUUAGUAGCUACACCAAUUAAGGAAAGUUAUAUCGAUCCAAAAGCGAAAGAUGUCACCGAAGCCAUCCUCGACUGCAUUCCCAAGUUCCUCGCCGCUUUGUAUUUUUUGCUCUACAAUGUGGAUUAUAGAUUUGAAGCAGUGGGAGGAGCGAAGUGGCAGGACGAUUAUCCUGGGUGGGAAUUGGAUCGACGAGAUUUUUGGGGUAGGACUGGUUGGGGUGGUGAACUGCAGAGAUAUCUCAGGAUGUCACUGAGCGUUAAAUACGGUGACCUCAUAGCUGGUGGGUUCAGUGAAAACGAGGUGACGUAUGGUUAUGAAUAUGAUUCUCGCUAUGGCUAUCAAUAUGGUAAGGAUAUGAUUCCUGACCUCAAAAAUAUUUUGGACAAACAUAGUCAUAAGUACAAUGAUUUCCGGGACGUGUUUUUUACAACAGUCAUUUCUAAAUCCGGCUUACAGAAAUCGAACACUGCGAACGUUCUUGCAUUGGUGAAAACGUUUUGUGAGAUUGUGCAGCAAAACCCUGAUGGUGGAAGUUUGAAAGCAGUUUUGGAAAAGGAGUUAGAAGGAAAGUGUGUUAAUUGGUCUAAUUUAGUAGCCCAUUGCAAAACUCUUGAGCAGCAACUUGGCAAGUUGUUCAAUAUCGAAGGCUUUUCCUUCACCGGCCAGGCGCGGCGUGUGGAUGAGCUUAACACUGAGAGAUUUGCGGGGGAGACGGCAAUAUGGUUUAGACAACAUUUGCACGAAGUUCAAAAGAAUGUGGAACAAAUAGAUACAAAUUUCCCAGUCGACGACACUCUACAUUUGAAUGUUCUUCAGCAAUUUGCAACAGAAAACCUAUUCCCCUACGGUUUUAUAUUUGGUGACCAAAGCUAUGGAACGCUGGGAGACGCGUGGAAGAAGUUGUCGGAUCAUUGGCCCAGUGUCAUAGGUAUGCUUGGCAGAGACGGUGACGGUUUGGAUAAGUUAAAAAGAAUUCUGGAUGGUGAGGAGUGCCGUACGCCGGCUCCGCCUCCAAAACCACGAUCAAGGCCGGCGCCUGCUCCCAGACCUCCGAGGCCUGCCAGACCUGCGACACCACCCGUGACAAUUCACUCAGCCCCCAAGGAAGUUGUGCCGGAGAAGAAAGUUCCUGUUGUGCCACCUAAAAAGCCGGAGCCCCCGCCACAAAAAUCUGAAGGAACUCCCAACCAAGGCAAGAAAAGUGAGGGAGCACAGAACCAGGGGAAGAAAAGUGAGGGAGCACAGAACCAAGGCAAGAAAAGUGAGGGAGCGCAGAACCAGGGGAAGAAAAGUGAGGGAGCACAGAACCAGGGGAAGAAAAGUGAGGGAGCACAGAACCAGGGGAAGAAAAGUGAGGGAGCACAGAACCAGGGUAAGAAAAGUGAGGGAGCACAGAACCAAGGGAAAACAUCUCAUGGAACUCCAAAUCAUAAUAAUGGUCAAAGUGGAGAUACGUCUGCAACUUCACCAGUCGUCAAGUCUGUUGUUUCAGCUCCGGCUCCCGGUGGUCACGGAGCUUCAGGCCCGCCAGGGCCUAAAGGUGAUAAGGGUAAUACAGGCCCGCAAGGGCCUCUCGCUGCAGUGACUCCGGGGUCUUCUUCGACUGCAGUUCGAACAGAUCAACAACCUGUUCAAAUUCCUAAUCAACCUCUACCUCACGCCCCGCCAGUUCCUCCCCCUCUUCCUGGAGGCCCCGGCCCCGCUGCCCCUCAAGCCCCUACACUUACGCAGCCUCCGAGUGUUCCAGGACCAGGCACUGGGUCAUCUGUCUCAGGAGGCGGCGAAUCAAUGACUGAUCCUGACAGUGACAAAGCUUUGGGUGCUAACGGGUCCGGAUACUCCGGAUACGGAAGUGGCAUCGACGUAUGUAUGUAA